AUGCAUCAUCCACCACCGUAUGGGGCGCAUUAUGGACGGCCUCCGCCUUAUGACUAUGGUGGGGAUUAUUAUCCCCAUGAAAAGCGAAGAGGAGGAAAGUUUUGUGUUAGAUGCAUCUGUUGUUGCUAUUGCGUUUUGUGUUUCCUCGUCCUUAUUGUAGUGGCCUUUGCCUUGUAUUGGUUCACAUACUACGAUCCAAAAUUGCCAAUUUACAAAUUUGAAGCCCUAGAUGUUAAGGAAUUCGGGUAUCAUCCUGAUUCCAGCCUCAACGUGGAUUUUAUCCUAACAUUGAAAGCCGAUAAUCCAAACAAGGCCAUCGGUAUAAUUUACGACAAAGCUAGCUCCAUCAACGUGACAUAUAGCAAUUCGACGAUUUGUUCGGGAAAAUUUCCAUCUUUCCAUCAUGGUCACAAGAAUAUAACUAUGUUGCAAAUUGAAUUAAAUGGGAAAAAUCAAUUUUCAUCAGGUCUUUAUGAGGCAUUGCAAGAUAAUGAGAGACAUGGGAAAAUCCCUUUAACAGUACUGGCUAAGAUACCUUUUAGACCUGUUUUGGGGGAUAAAACAUUAAGGCAAUUCAGUGUCCUUGCAAAUGUCACAAUAUAUGUGCAUGAUUUAAAGCCAGGCAAUAAAUCUGAGAUUGAACAAGGCAAAAUCGUGCUCAAUUUAGCAAAGUGA